CAUUAUUUGGAAUGUAUUGUUGCAUACAUAGAAUUUACCAGUGGCCGGCUUAGGCAAGGAAGGUUGAGUUCAGAUCAGUGUCGAAUCUCGCCGCGUUGAUCGGUGGGCGGGCGGCGCCCACGUGGUCCCUCGCGCCGGGAAUAGCCAGUACAUCGCGCAACCGCCUCACGCUUACAUCUUCCACAAUCCACGCCCAACUUUACACAUCAGUUUUAAUUCUGCUUUUACUAAGAUUAUCUCAAUGUGUAAUGUUAAAAAUCCGUCUGCCUAAAUCUAGACUCAGCAAUCAAUAAGUAAAUAUAAGUAGUUGUUAUAUGUCAGUUUAAAGUGUGAAACGAUAAUAAAAAUUGUGAUUUUACUACAUUUUCUGACGUCGUAGUGGACUCGAAAAACUCAGUGUCGGUGGGUGUCAGUGCCGGGAGGUAUUUUGAAUCGGGAAUAGUGCAUAUAUCGGUGUGAGAGGUGGAGUGGAGCGAGGCGCGGCGUGGCUGCGCGGGCGAUGCGUGAGAAACUCGCGGCGCUGCUGCGUAGCGCGGUGCGUGCGCCGCCGGCCAGCGCGGACAAGCUGCGCGCAGGCGCCAUUGAUCCCGUCAUCAUCUUCCCAGAUGAAGGGAGCGUACACGAAAGCGGACUGGUAUGGCGCGGGUGCUCCGCCAGCUUCGACGCCGAAGACGGCGCGACAGGAGCGCUCACCGACGGUAACUCCAAUCCAGGAGACAAGUUGGAGGGGUCGGACUCAGCUCAGGACGACCCUGUUCACCUCAAGAGACGGGUGGGACUCUUCAGUGGGGUGGCUCUAAUUGUCGGCACCAUGAUAGGAUCUGGAAUAUUCGUCUCGCCCUCUGGGCUGCUGGAGCGCACUGGUUCGGUGGGCAUCAGCUUCAUCAUUUGGAUGGCGUGUGGCCUACUCUCAUUGCUGGGAGCGCUCGCGUACGCGGAGCUGGGAACUAUGAACACGUCGUCGGGUGCCGAGUAUGCGUACUUCAUGGACGCCUUCGGAGGACCACCCGCGUUUCUAUUUUCCUGGGUGUCAACUCUGGUGCUGAAACCGUCGCAAAUGGCAAUCAUCUGCCUAAGCUUCGCCAAGUACGCAGUGGAGCCGUUCGUGAGUGAAUGCGAACCGCCCGAUGCGCUUGUCAAACUGGUAGCGGUCAUUUCAAUAGUGAUGAUAUUAGCGGUGAACUGCUACAGCGUGAACCUGGCCACAAACGUCCAGAACAUCUUCACCGCCGCGAAGUUAGUCGCAAUCGCCAUCAUCGUCUGCGGCGGCGCUUACAAACUGAUAUUAGGUAAUACGCGACAUUUACAGGAGCCCAACUUCUCGACUAGCACCGCCACCUUCGGCAACAUUGCCACGGCCUUCUACACCGGCCUGUGGGCCUACGACGGCUGGAACAAUCUCAACUAUGUCACUGAGGAAAUUAUGAAUCCAUCCAAAAAUCUCCCAUUGAGCAUUAUAAUUGGCAUCCCACUGGUGACUCUGUGCUAUGCGCUAGUGAACGUGUCGUACCUGACUGUGAUGUCAGUGAGCGAGAUGGUGGACAGCGAGGCGGUGGCCGUCACGUUCGGGAACCGCUUGCUGGGGCCCAUGGCGUGGCUCAUGCCGCUGGCCGUCACCAUAUCGACAUUUGGUUCCGCGAAUGGCACUCUGUUCGUUGCUGGAAGGUUGUGUUUCGCCGCGUCCAGGGAGGGUCACUUGUUGGAUAUCCUCUCCUACGUCCACGUGCGCCGCUUCACACCAGCUCCAGGUCUUAUUUUUCAUUCCCUGAUCGCUGUUGCUAUGGUGUUGUACGGAACUAUAGACUCGCUGAUUGAUUUCUUCUCUUUCACGGCGUGGAUAUUCUACGGGGGCGCCAUGCUGGCGUUGAUCGUCAUGAGACGCACCAAGCCCCAUGCACCGAGGCCCUAUAAGGUGCCCAUUAUAAUACCGUACAUCGUACUUCUGGUGUCAACGUAUUUGGUAAUAGCUCCGAUAAUCCAGACGCCUCAAUGGGAAUACCUGUACGCUACUGGUUUCAUAUUCGGAGGCAUGUUGGUUUACCUACCCUUCGUGAAAUGGGGUUAUUCUCUGCCGUUCAUGGAUAAAAUUACCGUAUUCUUGCAAAUGCUAUUGGAAGUGGUGCCAACGUCGACGACAUUUGAAUAUUGAAUUAGUCUACGCUGGACUAUAAAUAAAGCAUUUUGUGAAAGUUAAGUGUUAUAUUACGUAAUCUUAUUUUGCAGAUGUAACAAUAGGAUUGCCGGCGAAUUAAGUGUACUUAAACAUAUUUUUAGCAAUAAAUGACAACCUAAUUUUGUGAUUUAAAUUUAUACAAUGUUCAAACGACCGGUUAGAUUUUUAAAGUGAACAAUUAGGUACCUACUUUAUCUAUAUAAAACAUACCUACACUUCUCAAUAUAUAAAUGAAGUUUCGAAAUACCUACUUUUAAGUUUUAAUUUCAUUACAAAACAUGAUAGGUAUAUACACGGACUAAAAUUAUUUCAAAACGUUAAAUUUAAUAACGGAACUCGAAAAAACAUUUGUAGGUAUGUACUUAAGUAAUAGAUAAAAGGAGAGAUAACUACCUAUCAAACUCAUAUUCAAUUCAUAAAUUUGCUAGUAGUUAAAAUUACUGAAAUGUAAAUGUUGAUUUCUUAAUGUUAAUAAUUUAAGAAAAGCAAUAAUAAUGUUAGUGUGUAUCGUUUUGCUACAUUUUAAUACAAAAAAUAUUAAAUUUUACAUAGAUAUGUUAAACGAAUCUUCUAAAAACAGAUUCAUUAAUAUUUUCAGGUUUCUGCUUACUUCGAUACAAUUGAUAUCUCCAGAAAUCUGAAAUAAUUUAUUAGCAUAGACAGCAUGAGGAUGUUACAACACAUUGUUACAUUUCAUGUAUCAAGCUUGCAUGCAAACACGUACGUAUUUGCAUUUUUGUAACAAAUUAUACCUACCUAUAUAUUUUCUGAAGUUCUGAAUUAAUUGCGAUAUAAAACAAUAAAAACGUUUAUUUAAUGUUGUACCUACAUUGUAGCGAAACGAUCCACCUUUAAGUGUUAUUUUGACUGAAAGACGUAUUAAGUUCUAUGUCGAAAAGUAAAGAUGCAUUAUAUAUCGACGGUGGAAAUUGUCUUGUAACCCAGUUCCUUUUCACCUGUAGGUACCAAUGUCAUCGGCUAAUGAAAUCUCGGUACCUACUACUUAGGUUGACUAUUCUUUUUGUGUCAUCAAAACAUCAUAAAGUAUACCUAUAGCCGUGCUAAAGAUAUGUCAUAAUAGAUCUUAAACGUGAUAUGAUUUUAAAAUGUGUGUAGAAUACUUAUUAAUAUAUAGACAUUGACUUUACCAAUGUUGUUUAUCGUUUAGAGGAAAAUGUUACAUAUUUUGUUUUAAAGUUUGUAGUUUAUACAAUAUUUAGGAGGACUACUUACUGUACGGCAUUAAAUUAUGCAAAUAGUUACCGAAGAAGACAGCGAGUGAAUCAAUGCAUUGCUCAUUUCAUUAGUUUGCACGAAUCAUUCCUAUGGGGCCGUGCAACUAGAGAUAUAGCUUCGUAAUGGAUAGUGUAUUUUUUCAACUACAUUAGAUAUAGUAAAUAUUGACAUAGGGUGUACCAGGUUAGUCUGGUACAGCGAUUACGCCCCGGCAGCUCAAAGGUUCUAGAAGGAAUGCUUCCGGCUGGGGACGCAGAGCUUAUCUCGAUCGUGCUAAGGCCCUGUUUGCGUCACUAUGAGUGAUUGUGCUAAACUCAUAGUUGUAGUUCGCCACCUCAUCUGCAUAGUGAACUUUAGAUUAAAACAUUUAAAGUGUCUCAAAUUGAUUUACUCUAUGUAUAUAUUUUUUUGGAUAUUUGUUUGCGAUGGCUGCAAGAUUUUUAUGGAUAGCUACAGUAUUCAUAAGGGUGCAAUCCCAAUUUCUGUUUUCAUUAUUUUAACCAGUAUUCAGUUGAAUAUGAAUUGUUUCACAAUCCCAUGUAAAGACUAAAGUGUGUUUUAACUAAUAAUGUUUAAUUAUUCGACGGCUGAGUUUUGCGAUCGGUAAAAUUUGGUCCUAUCAUUCCUUACCGGGGCAGAACGACGCUGCCUGUGAGGGCUAUGGUUUUUAUGACAAUGUUAUUUUUUAUAUUUAUUAAUGAUAUGAUAAGUAAUCCGAGUUUUUUUAUAUAAAAGUAUACGUAGGUAUAUAGACAGUACUUAAACAAUUGAUCUUAAACCUUUUGAACGCCAAUGACCGAUAUAUACGCACCGCAGGUUCAACGCCAAAGUCCGAUUAAUCGGUCAUAUGUAUACCACAGAGCAACAAAGACCUACAUGCAUAUACAUAAAGUUCAAUUUCAGUUUUGACACCUCGGUCGUAUUAUAUAAUCUGUGCUUCGGUGACGUGGCAUCUGGAUGACAGCUUUUGUGUUCGACACGGCGUCCAAAAGGUUAAUUACCCAAAGACACAAUUAUAUAUAGCCAGAUUGUUCUUGGCCCAACCUGCAGCAUAUAUCAUGCUCUAUAAAGAUAUACCUACGUAAUAGCUAACAUCAAACUUUAAGUGAAGUACCUACAAAGUAAAAAUGGGCCCACGUACACGCCUAACGAUGUGAUAUUGUUAUGGGUAGAACCAAUGGUUUUAUUUUGUGUACUCAAAGAAUAUCAUUAAAUAACACAUAUGGCUACAUCUCUUCAAAAGAGAAAAAUGUUUAUUGUUAUACACUACCAUUGAUUAAAUAUAAAUUUUAAUUAAAUACAAUAAAGAAAA